CAACGCGGCCUCCACCAUUCCCGCGCAUCCGUAGUUACCUGUGCGCAAGAUGAUAGCUUACUACAGCUGACAUCUCUCUACGUCCCCAAGAGUCUCAUUCGAGAUAUGCAGACACAUUCAUUCAACUUCUCAUGACCAUGGCGGAGGACGAUCCCUUUAAAGACCCUGCGCUGGGUACCACCGAAACGCCGCAACCACCAGAACCAUCGACGAACGUCCCUGACACGCUUGCUGUAGGAAGGAAUGCUUCGUUAACGCUAGGACAGGACUCUUUGGUGGUCUUGGACGAGGCACUUUUAGAUAACAAUGGCGGUUGCUGUGGAAUUAGUAGCCUUUAUAGCAAAAACAAGACCACUCGUUCUAUACCCUUCUUCAACAUCCUCUGGGCAGAGCAAUCCGAGGAUGGCGAAAUCACGAUACAAUACGCGCACGCCGUAUCGAAGCAGGUGGUCCGGCCCGCAAUCAUCAGCUACACAUUAGACAAGACGGACAAUCGCACGACACAUCUCUGGAUAGAGAAACUGUUGGAUCGCGCAUAUGGGGCCUCCAAGCGAGAGAAGCGUGUAAAGGUGCUCAUCAAUCCUUUUGGGGGCCAAGGUGGAGCUGUGAAGAUCUACCAUAAGCACAUUGCGCCCAUCUUCGCUGCGGCCCGAUGCGAGCUCGACGUCGAGAAGACGACACACAACGGGCAUGCGGUAGAGAUCGCACAGGGACUGGACGUAGAUGCGUACGAUGUAAUCGCAUGCUGCUCCGGCGACGGCAUCCCGCACGAGGUCUGGAAUGGCCUGGGCAAGAGACAUGAUGCUGCGAGGGCGCUGGUGAAGACAGCCAUAGCACAACUGCCCUGUGGAUCAGGCAACGGCAUGAGUCUCAACUUCAACGGGACGGACAGCCCGAGUCUCGCGGCUUUGGCUGUCGUCAAAGGACUGAGAACGCCCUUGGACCUCACCUCCAUCACACAAGGCGAUCAACGAACGCUCUCGUUCAUGUCACAGUCCGUCGGUCUCGUCGCCGAAUGCGAUCUGGCAACCGAAAACCUACGCUGGAUGGGCAGUGCACGCUUCACAUGGGGCACGCUCACCCGCGUCCUUCGCAAGACCAUCUACCCAGCCGACAUCGCCAUCAAAGUCGAAUACUCGGACAAAGAAGCGAUCCGGCAAGUCUACCGCACCGAAGCCGGAAAGCCACCCCGCAGCCACGACGACCGCGAGAUCCCCGCCGCGGACGCGGGCCUCCCUCCCCUCCAGCACGGUACCAUCAACGACCCCUUGCCCUCGUCGUGGGAGCUCGUCCCGCACGACAAGCUGGGCAACUUCUACGCGGGUAACAUGGCGUACAUGUCCCCGGACGCCAAUUUCUUCCCCGCGUCAUUGCCCAACGACGGGUGCAUCGACGUGGUGCGCGUCCGUGGCGACCUCAAGCGCCACACGGCCAUCGCCACGCUGCUCGCGGUCGCGGAGAACAAGUUCUUCGAGCAGCCGACCGUCGACUAUCAGAAGGUCACCGCGUACCGAUUCAUCCCCAAGAACCAGGCGGAUGGAUACAUCAGCAUCGAUGGGGAGAGGGUCCCGUUCGAGCCAUUCCAGGUGGAGGUGCAUAGGGGUUUGGGUACGGUGCUGAGCAAGACCGGUCACAUCUACGAGGCAAAGGGGGUGUGAAUGACGAGUGGGUAGAUGGAAGUUGAGGUUGUUGUAGUAUGCAGAUCAGAGAUACCAGGUACUAUUGUUCCACUUGUUUUAGAUCGUCGUAAACUCUCGAGGGUAUUCAAUUACUUGUUUUUAUCGUUGUUUUUGAGUUUUCCAAUUUGGAGGAUCAGUGGUAGGUAGUCCAUCGCGUCGUGCAAGCUGCUCAGCGGUCACUCUUGGUGAGUUCAAUCCCUCAUCGAAGUGCGCCUACUACUUGUUGUGGAUAGAUAGACCGAAGCCGAUAAUUUUUUAUUAUUUAUUAUAUAUCCUUCAUACCAUCGAAUCUAUUUUUUGUCGUUUAUUUUCAUGUUCCAAUCUAUACUUAUUAAUUUGAG